AAAAGCUAACGGCAUGCGUUUAUUGUGGCGUCGUUUCCUGACGAAAGUGACGUGUGUGAAUUUCUUUCGUGCAAUAGAUUGACACUUUCUAGAGAUUGAGAAAAUUAAGAAGUGGGAAUGAUGGCCGAUCAACCAGAAUGGGAGCCUGUCGUGCAAAAAACAGCCGUCAAACUCGAACAGGCAUUCGACGUGCUGCAGAAAACCUGGGAAGGCAUCGGAUGCACCAGGGAUAUGCGAUCGACGUAUUAUGACCAAGCGCAUAAUCACAUAAUGGAUUUGUUAAACGACAUGGUCGCUGAGGCACAGUCAAAGCAGCAGCUGUUGUUUGCUAACAUACAAGAUCUUUUAAGACAAACAACGGCAUUGUAUGCAGAAUUGCAAAUGGAGAUGAUACCCAAAACGUAUGAUCAUGUCCCUUUGUACAAAGUUGAACAAAUUCUUCAAACAGAUUUACAAAAUUUAGAGUGCCUAAAGAAAGAACGUAUUGUAAUCCUCAAGGAAUUAUUGUCCAAGGAACAAGAAAUUUGCAAGAAGCUCGGCUGCAAAGUAUUAAACAUAGUCGAGAAUGUUGUACCUACAGAGCAAGAUCUUGAGAGCUUUAAGCUUUAUCUACAAAAGCAAGAGAUUGAGAAGACACAUUUGGAGAAUAUUUUUACAGAUAUACGUCGUUGCAUAAUCAAAAUGAUGAAUGAUUUGGAAAUAUCUCCAUCUUCGCCAUUUAUAGAUUUAGUUUGCAACAAUCCUGAGGAAUUUGUGCUGAAUACAAAUAAUAUGACAAAACUGAAAGAGUAUAGGGAUGAAUUGGGUAUACAGAUAGAAGAUACAAAGUGCUGCGUCGAAAAAAUGAAGGAAGAUUUAUUGGCAUUGUGGAAAUAUCUUGAUGAACCUGACGACGUUUGUCAAUUAUUCCUUGAGAGACAUCUUGGUUACAACACUAAUACCGUAAAUGCUCUUGCAGUAGAAAUAAAGCGUUGUAAGGAAAAAAGAAAAGAGAAUAUCCUCAAGUACGUCACACAGAUCAGAUCCGAACUACUGGUUUUAUGGGACUUGUGCAAAUACUGUGAAGCAGAAAGAAACACGUUUGCACCAUUUUUUUCUAAUACAUUUACAGAGGAUCUUUUGACGUUGCACGAGUUAGAAGUAGAGAGAUUGCGCAAAUUUUAUAAUGAUAAUCAAACGAUAUUUGAGCUUCUAGAACAACGCGAAAAUUUGAUAACAAAAGUUAAGGAUUUGCUUCAGCGAGCAAACAAUCUCGAUCGCUAUCAUAAUCGCGGGGGCCAAUUGUUGAUGGAAGAAAAAGAGCGUAAUGCUAUACAAAGGAAAUUACCCAAAAUAGAAGCAGAAUUGAGGAAAUUGAUCAAGGAUUACGAGACUAUUCAUAAUCAGAUGUUUACUAUUUACGGUACAUCGUUGGAAAAUGUUUUAGCAGAGAGUUGGGAAAGUGUUACUCUCGAGAGGGAGUCAAAGAAGAAGGCAAGAAAAGAAGCAAAAGAUAAAUCAAUUAAGAAAUCGCCUUUAAAUAGUUCUAAGCGUACGCCGGGUAUGUUGAGCGUUCACAGAGGACCAGCGCUAGGGUUAUCGAAACGCAAAUUGUUCAGUCCAUCCCCCAACUCGUCGUUAAAACGCAGAAAUAAAAACGGCGACAAAAAUAAGCCUACUAUCACUGUAUCCAAGAUCAGAAGGAGCGGAAAACUUGCAAAGAUUAAUCAGAAAUCAGGCAGAUCUUCCAAAGGCGGACAGAAAAGGAAGGAAUCGCUGUCACCUGUUAAUAGCAUCAUAGAUACGACAUACAAUCAGUUUCAAGGUCAUAUGACAGCCAGAGAGGAAUUGCACAGCUCAAUGUUGCCAGAACAGAUACUAAGGAGCACCAAUAGGAUCAAUAUCAACAAAACGCCAGUUCGAACGCCUAUGAAACCAUUGAGGAAACAUCUUUCUGCAACGACAACACCAUCUUUCACUCCUCUCUCCGCGCGCAAAACACCGCACAGCCCCAGAGUCAUUAACAUCCCGAAACUAGCAACGGCCCCGAGUAACUUGCCUUUUAUCUUUUAA